AUGUCCGGCCUACAAACUCUCUUCGCACCGGCUCCAGAGCCCAAAACCGAGCUCGGUCGGUAUCGCGUUCUGUCCACUACCGCCGGUGUCAGGGUUUCCCCGCUCUGCUUGGGCGCAAUGUCCAUUGGCUCGGCAUGGUCGUCCUUCAUGGGCUCUAUGGAGAAGGACCAAUCUUUCCAGCUUCUCGAUGCCUUCGUCGACGCUGGUGGCAACUUCAUUGACACCGCCAACAACUACCAGAACGAAGAAUCCGAGAAGAUUCUGGGAGAGUGGAUGGCUGCCAGGGAGAACCGCGACAUCAUGUUCAUUGCGACCAAGUUCACCACCCAGUACCGGAAACAUGAGCUCGGGCCUGGCAAAUGCAUCAACUACUCUGGAAACCACAAGAAGUCGCUGCAUCUCUCGGUCCGAGACUCCCUUCAGAAGCUGCAAACAGACUACAUUGACCUACUGUACAUUCACUGGUGGGACUGGACCACCUCGAUCGAGGAGCUGAUGGAUUCUCUCCAUAUCCUUGUCGAGCAGGGUAAGGUCCUGUACCUUGGCGUUUCUGAUACACCCGCUUGGGUCGUAUCCGCUGCGAACACCUACGCCAAAGCGCACGGGAAGACCCCAUUCUCCGUCUACCAGGGUCGCUGGAACGUUUUGAUCCGCGACGUUGAGCGAGAUAUCAUUCCCAUGGCCCGGCAUUUCGGCAUGGCUUUGUGCCCAUGGGAUGUCCUUGGAGGCGGCAAGUUGCAGUCCAAGAAGCAGCUUGAGGAACGCAGAAAGGCCGGCGAAGGCCUGCGAUCCAUGUUCGGCCCCGAUCAGUCGGAUGAUCAGCGCAAGGCUAGCGAAGUUCUCGAGCAGGUUGCCGAAGAACACGGAACUGAGAGUAUCCAACAGAUUGCGCUUGCAUACGUAAUGCAGAAGGCCCGUUACGUUUUCCCCAUCGUCGGCGGCCGCAAAGUUGAACACCUGGAGGACAACAUAAAGGCAUUGAGCAUCCGCCUUACGGAGGAACAGAUCCAAAGGAUUGAGAACGUCAAAACAUUCGAGAUUGGCUUCCCCAUGGAUUUCAUCCUGGAUGACCCAAGGGAAGGUGGCCCAACGGCACCUCUGGUGGCUGCUUCCGCUGCGAUGGCUUGGCAACCCCAAGGCAAGCCCAUUGGGCAGGAGUGA